GAAGAGAACAGACGUGUUUUAGUGAAAAUUAAAUUUUAUUAAGUAAAAUAUUGAUAAAAUGGCAGGAAAGAAAGCAGUUGGUAAGGCAAAAAAGACCAUUAAGAUUAACAAGUCGUUGACUGGAAAGAAAAAUAGAAAGGCUCGCAAAGAAUCUUACAGCAUCUAUAUUUUCAAAGUAUUAAAGCAGGUUCAUCCAGAUGUUGGCAUUUCAGCAAAAGCAAUGAGCAUCAUGAAUAACUUUGUUAAUGAUGUUUUCGAUCGUCUUAUUGGCGAAAGCCUCACUUUGGCUCAUUACAAUAAGCGUCAUACAAUCACUAGUCGUGAGAUCCAAACAGCUUCUCGCCUGUUAUUGCCAGGGGAAUUGGGCAAGCACGGCGUAUCUGAAGGAACCAAAGCUGUAACAAAGUAUAUUCAAACCUCAACAGUUUAAGAAAAUAAGAUUAAUUAAGUAAUAACUAUAUUGUGAACAUUAUGAAGGAAUAACAAUAAAAAAGAUACUUUUCCUUAUUCAAAAUAA